GUUAUUUCUUCACUUCCGGUGUUUGAUGAAAUGAGAAACGGACAGGCGAUGAUCAUUUCAUCGAGUAUUGAACCUAGUCUACUUUUAAGAGAUGUAACGUUGUAAAGGAUGUCUAGCAUUCAGAUGAUGGAUCAAAAAGUGGAUGCAUACAUGACAUGAAAUUUUAGGAAAAGAUGGACUAACCUGUACACAUUAUUAACAAGGGAAAGAUGCUUAAUUGGUCAUAGUUUUAUAAAAAAAAACCUUCACUAUGACCAGUUUGAACUCAGAUGAUGUGAAGGUCCAAGAAGAUUCUAAGGACCGCAGGUCGGUGUCUGAGGAUAGAGAGAAGAAGCACCACAAACAUAAGAAGGAGAAAAAGAAAGACAAGAAAAAGGAGAAGAAAAAACACAAGCACAAGCAUAAAGACCGGGAGAAGGACCGUGAGAAGUCUAAAGGAGAUGGGAGGAAGAACAAGGGCAGCUCCCCAAGGGAAGGUUCAAUGGACAGUGACGAUUUGUUAGAAGUUUUGGAGAAAAAGAAAGUACAGCUAUUAGACAUGAAAGAAGACCUCAAGGAAAAAACUUUGGGUUCUAAAUUGAAAGUAGAAAAGGAUAUCCUGGGUAUAUGUGCUAAAGAUACCACUGAUAGUGUUCAUAGGGAUGGGAAAUUAGAAAAUAAUGUUGAAAUGGAGGUGGACAUGAAUGAUCUCCCUUUGAAGGUAGAUACUGAUAUACCAUUGCCUGAAUCUCUAAAGGAUAUCCCUAUUCCUGCAUCACCUGGAAAUUCAAAACCAGACAGCAAUGAGAGUAAAACAUCAGGAAAGAGUGUGAAGAAAAAGAUUGAAGGGAGUUCAGUGGCAAGAGAUACAGCAGUCAUUGAGAUAGAAAAAGUUCCUUUACCUCCCCCUCAACAACUAGACAGCAUUCCAAUCCCAAAUCAACUCAACCCACCCAAGCCAAAGGCCACUGCAGAGAAAUCUGGAGUCAGCAAGCCAGUCCCUCAAGUGAAACCCACCCCAGAGCCCGUCCCACCCCAAGGAAAACCUUCAAUCAACAUCCUAACCCCAAACAACUUCCAAGCAAGCAUCCGAGAAUCAAUGCUAAGGGAAGUAGGGAAAGCUGAAACAGGGCUCCCUCAAGAUAUUGUGGAUGAUUUUUUCAAGGAUUUCUUGGCUUCCAAAAUGAAGCAAAUUGAGUCGGAGUACAUGUACAAGUUGAUGACAAAGCAGUUAAGCAUGGAAGAUGAGGAAAAAUCAUCGGAUGGUGUGGCCAGUUCUGUGGAAGAGAUGAACAAACUCCUUGAUGAAGAGCUAUCAACCAUUGCCACAGCCACCCAGCAGAAUGAUAAGAAGAAAUCAAAGUGGGACUCCAAAGAAAAACCCAGCUCCAGUGUCAGUAAUCAGACCGAGACUGGGGGAGGGAAAUCCAGUGACUCCGAGGCCCAAAACAAGCCCCGAGUGGAAGUACAGAUCGGAACCAAGAGAGGAGGCAAGCUCCAAAUGGAGUUUAAAAUCACCAAGACAAGUGCUGACAUGAUCUCUUCAGGAGAGAUGGUCAGAGCAAAGGAUCUGGAAGAUGGCGAAGUCUCAUCCUCAUCUGACGAUGAUUCCGACUCGGAGGAUAGUGAGGAGAAUGGGGAGGUCUCAGAAACUGGGUCACUGUCCAGCUCAGACAAAGACUCCAAACCUCAGAAGAAGAAAAGGAAGAAGAAAGAAAAGAAGAAGAAGAAAAAGAAACACAAGAGCAAAGACCCCGAGAGUGAUUCAAGGGGCAAGCGCAAACAUUCCCACAGAUCAAGGUCAAGGUCACCAAAGAGAAGGAGAUCAUCAAGGUCAAGGUCACGAUCUAGAGAACAACCUUCCAAUUCUAAAUUUAUCUAUGAUGCAUAUCAAUACAGGGACAAAGUACGUGACAGGUAUGAAAGAGACAGGGAUAGACACCACAAUGACCGAGAUCGUAGCAGAGAUAGGAGAAGGGUCAGUGAACGCGAUUCACGGGAUGACAGAGACCGCCACCAUAGGAGGUCAAAGUCCAAAUCCAGGUCCCCUACAAGGUCAAAAUCCAAAGACAGGCCAUUCCGUGUGUCGGCUGAUCUCAGGGUGAAAAUAGACAAAGCCAAAUUACGGGAAAUCGCAAUUAAAAAUGCCAUUGCUAUGGCAAAGUCUGGACAAGUGGCAAGCUCUGACCUGGCAGCCAUCAAAUCGGGCGGCAAGUCUAUUGAUGAGCUUACAGAUUUCUGUAAGAGGAUUUCUUCCAAGUCCAAGAACAGAAUGGAGAGUUCCUCCUCAUCGGAGGACGAGAUGGUUCAGGAGAAGAGUGAGGAGGACGAAUUCAUCCAUCACCCGUUCAAAGUCAAGGACAACAGCAGCAUUAUUCUGAAUAUCAGGGAUGCAAAGCCUCUUCCAAUCAGAACACCAGCUGAAAAGCUACAGGAGUCGGCCACUCUGCGAUUACAGUUUCCUGUGUCCAGCGGUAGCACCCACCGCAUGAAGGAGUCGGAGUGGGUACCGGUGGAGAAGACUACAGCCACUGCUACGGCGACAACCACAGCUCCAGUCACCACGACCACCUCCAACACAACCACUGCAGACUCCGUCCUUAUGCCACCCCCACCCAUACCUUCCCCUGCACUACUCCCAACCAAUGCUGCCCCCACCCCAGUGAGGCCAGAAGACAGGGUGUUCCCAGAGGUUCCCCAAGGGUCCAUCGAUAUUGGGGCUAUCAUAUCAGAAAGACUGAGUGCUUUCAAGAAACUACAGGAGAACCCCAAUGACAUAGAUGCUGUGAUGGCACUGGGGAAAGUCCAGGAAAAGGCUAGUCUGUGGGCACAGUCCAAAAAUCUUCCAGGCAAGUUCCUAGGAAGUACAGGUGCUCAUAUCAUGUCACAGGAGGAGCUGAUAGGACCAGACAAGAAACGACAGGCCUGGGCCAAAAGGAUACAGCUUCCAGACAUAAUGAAUUACAAACGAUGGCUAAAGAAGAUCUGUGUGACAGAGAGUUCAUUAAUCACAGCCAGCAUGUUUGUGUAGCUGUGUGUGACAACAUUCACAUGUGUGAGAACUUGUUUCAGGGACUUUAAUCAAAAACACAAUAGUUGACAGCCCUCCAUGUUACACAGUUACCACUGGUAACCAUGCUGCACUGGAUUCCGAUUGGCUGAACUGUGAUUCAGCUACUAGCUACCGGCAAUCUGAUUGGAUGGUUUUGUUAUCAGGGUGGUAAGUUAACCUACCAGAUGUAAUUCAGUUUCAAACCUAUGUGGAAUUGGGUUUGUCUAAAUGCAGGUUUGCUUUUUUUGUGGUUUGUUUAUAUUUUAUACCUUGAACAGCUUGAGCAACUAGCAUUUGUCAUCAUUUGAGCAGUAUUCAUGUAUCCUUGUCAAGAAUAGAUAAAGAAAAAAAGGUGAUACCAUGUCUGUCAGCCAUACACAGCCCCCUCCCCCCAUAAAAACAAAACAAACAAAAAUUGCAGACAUGGUAUUAAGGUUAUGCCUUUAUGAGCUGGAAGUUUGUAAUUCCAGUUAUAUUGUACAUUGUAGAAACGGAAACUGAAAACUAGGGGUAAACAGAAAGGGUUCAAGCAAAAGUAUUCCAUAGAAGUUGUUAAAAAAAUUAUCAACAGAAGUCUGAAUCGCAGAUACUAUAAACCCCUGAAGGUACUGUGAUCAAGUUCCAGAGAUCCUCAAAUGUUUUUUUAAGAAAUAAGUUUUGCUUGGAUCAGAAAUUAGAAAUUGGCAUGCUCUUUAGAUGUUUGUGUUAGGAGAAGUAGGUUACAGCUAGUCAGCUUUUUACAUCUGAAAAGUUGAGUUAUAACAAGCAAGUGAAAGUCAACUUGAUCA